UUCCGGUAGCUGUCCAGGACUUCUCACUCACGGUCUUGCGAGGUGGGGCUGCCCGGGGAGAUAGAUUUUUCUAUGGGGCAGUGAGACCAAAGAUAACUUUUAUCACAAAGGAUGGAGUUGGGAAAAGGAAAACUGCUCAGGACUGGACUAAAUGUGUUGUAUCAAGCAAUACACCCAAACCAUGGCCUUGCCUGGACGGAUGGGAAUCAAGUAUUUCUGACUGAUUUACAGCUUCACAGUGGAGAAGCCAAGCUUGGGAACUCCAGAGUCAUUGGACAAUUUGAACAUGUCUGUGGGCUAUCGUGGGCCCAGUCAGCAGCAACAGCUGACAUGCCCACUCUACUUGCUAUCCAGCACAAGAAGCAUGUCACUGUGUGGCAGCUGUGUCCCAGCACUGUGGGGUCAAGCAAAUGGUUGGUGUCUCAGACCUCUGAAAUUAGAGAAUCACUUCCUCUCCUUCCCCAGGGCUGUGUGUGGCACCCUAAAAAUGCUGUCCUGACUGUGAUGACUUCACAGAAUGUCUCUGUUUUCCCUGAUGUUCACUGUGACAGUUCCCGGAUAAAAGUGGACAUCAACACUCAAGGCCGCAUUCACUGUGCAUGCUGGACCCAGGAUGGCCAGAGGCUAGUGGUUGCAGUAGGCAGCAGCCUUCAUUUUUUUAUUUGGGAUAGUCCUCAGAAGAUUCUUCACAGGUCCUCCUUGUGUCCAGUGUUUGAUGUGGACAGCUACAUCUGUUCCAUGAGAGCCACUGUGGACUCACAGGUUGCUAUAGCUACAGAGCUUCCACUAGAUAAGAUCUGUAGCUUAAAUGCAUUGGAAACCUUUGAUGUUCCACUUAGUGGUGAAGAUACUCAUCUGCCUACUUUUCCAGUUAUUGAUGAAAUGCCUUCUGUGGAUAAGGGGGAAAUUGCUUCUGAAUCAAAUUCUGAAAUAUCAGUUUCUCCUUCCUUUUCAGAGCCCUUGGAUCUAACUCAUAUACAUUUCAACCAAGCUAGGUCUGAGGGGAAUUCUCUUAUUUGCUUAAGACAAAAGGACUACUUGACAGGAACUGGCCAGGAUUCUUCACAUUUGGUCCUUGUGACUUUUAAGGAAGAAGUUACCAUGACCAGAAAAGUGACCAUUCCAGGCAUUUUGGUUCCUGAUUUAAUAGCAUUUAAUCUUAAAGCACAGGUAGUGGCAGUGGCUUCCAAUACUUGUAAUAUAAUUUUGAUCUACUCUGUCAUUUCAUCUUCUAUGCCAAACAUCCAGCAAAUUCAUUUAGAGAGUAAUGAAAGACCAAAAGGCAUAUGUUUUUUGGCAGACAAAUUAUUAAUUUUGGUAGGAAAACAAAAGUCCACUGAUUCAGCAUUUCUUCCUUCUUCAGAGUCUGAUCAGUAUAUCCUUCGUCUGAUUGUUAGAGAAGUAUUGUUGAAAGAAGAAUCUUCAGCAACAUCUAACAAAAGCCAGAGUGCUACUUCUAUUUGCAGUGCUCUGUUAAAUAGGAAAAAAUUGAUUAGAAGUCUUUCCUCAGAUUUUUGCCACCAAAACAGAGGGCUUUUAUUAACAGCUAAUACUAAUAGUCAGAAUAAAAGGCCUGGAAGGCCCCUUAUUAAAGAAAUCAAAAGUCUCCCAUCCAGUAUCACUGAUGAUUCCAUUGCCCUGGAAACACUCUCAAGGCCCAGCAGAACACCAGAUCACUCCAGCACACCAAAACCUCCUGAUGUGUUUCAAAAAGAGAACUUACAAAAGGAAAAUGAAACUUACCAGCUACCUAAGGAACUGGGAAUUUUAUCUAGAAAUCUGAUUGAAUUGCAACAGUAUCUUUCUGAACUCAUGGAUUUUGUACAUAAUGGGAAGAAAUCCUCUCCAGUGUAUCCACUCUCUAAGGAUCUCCCUUAUGUUCACAUCAUUUACCAGAAACCUUGUUAUAUAGGUCCUGUUGAAAGAAGAGCAGUGCUUCUCUGCAAUGGCAAGCUAAGGCUCAGUGCAAUUCAGCAGAUGUUUGGCCUCUCUCUCGUUGAAAUGCUGCAUGAUUCCCACUGGAUUCUUCUCUCUGCUGAUAGUGAGGGCUUCAUCCCAUUAACUUUCACAGCCACCCAGGUAAUCAUCGUGAGAGAUGGCAUCCUGUCCAGGUCAGAUGUCUCCAGGGACCCUCUUUCUCACAGUCAGGAUCCUCUUCCUUCACCUGAAGUCUUUGGAGACCUUAUUGCCCAGGGUUUACAUACCACUGGCUGUUCUAAUCAUUUAGAUGGCGUGGCCUGAUAUCUGUUUGCAGACUAUUUGUUAGCUUUUCAAAUGAGAUCAUGACAAGCAAGGUCGUUUUUGCACUGUGGACUCUCACUGGUGAGAUUUGUACUGUCACUCAGGUGAGGCAUUGCCAUGGCUAGCUCUGCCACCUUUCUGCUUUUUCCUCUGGGCGGAGGUACUCUGCUUGAUAGCAGAGCUUAGUCAUUGUUAGAUGGCUCAGAAAGUGGUUGUUUAUGUAUUCAUGACUAUGGUUUUGCCUAAGGGCAGAAUUCCCAGAACAAAACAAUACUAUGGUGCCAUGUGGAUUGUUUUGUGGUUUAUCUGAGGCUUUGUGUCCCUUGCCCAAAGGAGUGUUAAAACUGUCUUAGGAGCACUUACAGUAUACUUCAGUGCUGUUACAGUCUUUUUCUUGGUUUAGAGAUGAGGGUGAGGAGUGCCACUGGAGAGCAGAUGCUCCAAUGUGUCCUUUUUAACCUAAACCCAGCAGGAAUCAGCAGAGUGCAAAGGAAGCCAAAAAACUGGUUUUUGCUCCCAGGGCUGCCUGCAAAAGGAGGUUAUACUGGCAUUGGCCUUACCUUCUGGGGUUUAAACCUAACCUUCUUGCUACCCUAAACAAUUCUGACUGGCAAAGGCCCAGAUACUGCUAAACACUGACCCUAGGCAACUUUUUAAUGGAAUUUUAAGCAAUUUGACUCCUGAAGGGUCCUUCUGAACUUGGGCUGAUGCUACUAGUACGGUACCAAGCACAGGCAAGGCCUAAUACUUGUCACCAUUCUUUUGUGUUUGUGUACAGGUGAGGUGCUGGGGACCAAACCCAAAGCCUUGAACUUGCUAGGCAAGUCCUAUACCACUGAAACACACCCCAGCUCAACUUGUCACUUUGAUUUUGAUAUCUUUCUUUUUUUUCCUUUAAAGUGUUAGAAACUAGCCUAGAUGCUGAAAGUAUUUCAGACAGUUGAAAAUUUCACUGAGAAUCUGAGAUUGUUCUAAAAAGUACCAGUUUAUUAGACUUAUAGGUGAAGUACCAGCUUUGUAUAGUGGAAAGAGCCUGAAUCCCUUCGGAUGGAUGUACCACUUUUCACUCUCUUCAGACAGAAUCACAGAUUGCAGGCAUCUCAGCAGAGCACAUUGAUCAAGGUGUGGCAAGACAGAGCACAUCUGCAGAUAAGUUGUUUCAGCUAGAGAAGCUCCAUUAGCGCAUACAUGGUUUCCCUCUUUUCCUUUAAAAUUAUUUAGAAAGAAAAUAUUUUGUGCCCUUGGGGACUCCUGUCUGUCUGUUACCAUUUAUUUAGAUGGAGCUGGACAGGAAAGAAGCAAGGGUCCAUUUUGUGGUUCACAUGCAUUAGACAGCUGCUGGGAUAAUGGAAGGAGAGGCCACUUGUCUGUAAUCAGCAGCCUGAGAGUAGUGGCUCAGGACUGACUUGAGGCCUGGCUGCAUUUGCAAAGGAGGUAUCUGGGGUGUGAUGAAAUCACAAUUAUUAGAAAAUCUAAAGAGGGGGACUAAGGAACCCCCGGAUAAGAUCAGUAUGAAUGCCUCAGGUGUGUGUUAUAAUUACCAUUUCUUGGCAGAGUCUUCUUGGUCUUCAAUAAAGUCACUAAUUGUG